GUAUCCUCCAGCAGCUCUGGAGGUAAGAUCGCCCUCGCAAUCAGCCCCAAUCUCCAGUUGGCACGGACUCGGAAUAUGCAUGGAGAGGACAGAAGAUCGUGUGGAGGGAGACUUCAAAAUGGACAUCCACAACUACCUCUGACAUACGGGCCAAUCCCUCAGAUAGCAGAAAUGGAGCGUCGGCUACGGGAAGCCAUGGCAGAGAAAGAGCGCCUCCUGAAGGCCAGGGAAGAGAAGAGAGUAGCUAAAGAGAUGACCAAACGCCUGGAAGCAGAGCAGAGUCAUAUGAAAGAAGAAGCUCCUGUACCCGUCCCACCCAUGGUGCAACCGGCCGUCCCUGAGCCUGCAGUCGAGCUGGCACCUUUUGACCUGCGGUCGUACCUGGAGGCAUCUGGACACAGUGUGGAGACAUGUCCUAACGUGAGGGUCAAUGCCAUGUGUUGUCGGGGCUACCUUGUGAAGAUGGGAGGACGUAUAAAAACAUGGAAGAAGAGAUGGUUUGUGUUUGACAGACAGAAGAGAAGGCUGGCAUAUUAUGCAGAUAAAGAAGAGCAAAAGUUGAAAGGAGUCAUCUACUUCCAGGCCAUAGAAGAGGUGUAUUACGAUCACUUGCGGAGUGCUUUUAAGAGUCCACACCCUAAACUGACAUUUUGUCUGAAGACUUUCGAACGCCUCUUCUGCAUGGUUGCACCAACUCCGGAAGCCAUGAGAAUCUGGAUGGAUGUCAUGGUGACGGCAGCUGAGGAGAACCACCGCUACUGA